AUGGGCACCUCACCUGAGGGAGACCGCGGAUAUUGCUCCUGCAUCGUCACUCUCACCGAUCACGUAUUCCCGACUGUCGUAAGACCACCGACACCUCGUUACUGUACGAAUAUCGCGUCGCACAUAGAGUUGCUGAAACGUCGGAAACGUGCGGGUACCGAACAUGCAGCCAACUCUUGUCGAUUGAAACGUCACUGCUCGAACCAACAUCUAAACAGUGGCACCGAGGCCCAUGUACCACUGGUUAAUUCGGAUGAGCGCGUUUAUCGACAGGACACGAGCCCAUCCGAGUUGAGUCUGUCGCCGGAUAACAGUCAACAGUUACUCGUACACCCUGGUCAAGACAAUGUCGCUUCCAGCAGUACACGUGCACAUACCGACGAUGGGAGUGUAAAAGCCGGGAACGUCCAGGGUCCAGGGAGUGUUGUUCAGAAGUCUCCAGCGCACUCGGACCAUCUCUCAAUAUCAACGCGACGAAGUCCAUGCUGUGAGCAGUUCCUGGGUUUUGGGCUUGCGACCCGAAGCGACGGGCAACGGGACCAGGGGAAAUUCCCUUCUCCACCCGAAGAAGACUUUGAGAGCGAAGAUCCAUCUGAUGAAGAUCCAGACGUUUUGGAACCAAGACGAUCCAAGCCAGAGCUUGGCUCAGUACCUGGUCGUCAAGGGAGGCCGCUCCUAUCCCCAGAACAGGAGAAAGGAUACCCGAGUCAAGAGGAAGUCACAGCCCAAGCGCCUGUACAUGCACCUGCACCUGCACCUGCACGUCCACAAACCCAACUUCAGGAAGGACCAAGCCUGAACCUUGAUCCUGUACCAGUCACUCCUGGUCCAAACUUUUCAAAGCCAUGCGACUCUUCUAUUUUGCACCACCAACGUCUCGUCGAUUCACGUUGUGAUACCGCUCAAGAUCCCCAACAUGAUGACGAUGAUGAUGAUGAUGAGGUACCUAUUGUAAAAUUUGGUAACAUCAAUUUCGAGAAUGAAUCCCAUCACCACCACGAGCCCUGCGGGGACACGAUUCUUGAUCAACCCAAGACGCUUGUUUGUCUCGUGGCGACUCAAGGCCGUUCCGUAGACGACAGACCCGAGAAUAUCGACAGCGACGAUGGUGGCACCAACGGGGAGUUGGGAGAGAGGAGCCAGGUAGGCAGUAACAAAUCUGUUGCUGAACCAGCAAAUGACCUGUAUGAUACCGACACAGAGAGCAUUGAUGGUUCCCAGAACGAUGCCACUAAUUCUCACACUCUUUCUCAACUUGUAGGCCGGCUGACCAUUAGAGAUUUUCAUUCCGAUUCCGAAGGGUGCGCGAGCAAUGAUUAUGCAAACCGUGGAUCGCCUUCGCCUUCCCCGGAGCAAAAUGUCUGUUCAUUUUCCAAGGACACCGAUGCCUGGGAUCAGGACUCAUCCUCCGAGGCGGUCACGCUUUACGAAGACUCUGCCGACGGGAAGUCUGAAGACGAAAACUCUGGACACAAAGACUCUGGACACAAAGACUCUGGACACGACGACUCUGGACACAAAUACUCUGACGACGAAGACUCUGCUGAAGACUCUGACGACGAAGACUCUGACAACGAAGACUCUGGACACAAAGCCAAUCACGAUGUUCAGUCCAAUGGACAGACAGACGAAGAAGAGAACGAGUAUUUGUCGAAUACUUACGAGGCCAUCGAAGAUACCCCCGACUCGAACGUUGGCAACGCCCUUACGCCACCAAUGGCCCCAUCCGGAAGACGUCGAUUGACAAGCGAAGAACGCGAGCUUGUUCGGCAAACGAGAGAAAUUGGAGCAUGUGUUCGUUGUCGAUUUCAGAAAAUCAAAUGCUUCCCUAAUCUCAAAAAUCCCGAAGGGAAAUGCAGAACAUGCAAAAGAUUUUCCAAGACCUCUCCGAAGACGAUCCACCGAGUUCCCUGCUUGCGACUCCGAAUCACCGAGAUUGUGCUUUACCGAAGCGGCGGCCUUAACCUCACCCAACGAUGGAAGGGCAUCGAGAUGCGAGACAUUCCCCAUCGCCCCAACACGUCUGUCAUUGAGAUUCGAGUCUCCCAAGAUUUUUGGGAGAAGACAAUACCCUUGCAAGUUGUUCAAUUCAUCCCCAUAGACGGCGAUGUGACAGCUCGAUACUGGACCGAAUACUGCUCGGGGAAUUUGGCAUUCAAGAAGAAGGAGUUAGCGACGUACUGUCUUCGCAGCAUUUAUGAGACAGCCAAAGAAGUCAGACAAUAUACCGUGAAGAAUGCGCUUCCUACAUUACUACGAACAAUCCGAGAGGACUUAACCCCAGGAUGCGAAGGUGGGCUUAUUGUUUUCAGAACAUAUCACUCAGCAAUGGAACGUUACCUGGGACUCAUUAAAACAAUGAGAUCUGGAACUGCAAUGUCUCAAGAAGAUAAGAAAGAGGUGGAGAUAUUUGGAAACCUUUUUGUUUUGUGGUGCGCUAUACAACACACUGUGGGAUCUCUCUACAUACAAGGUGACGAAACACUCGGCAUGCGGCCUGAAACCCAAGAUAAAUCCUACCCACUUUAUGGCAAGAUAUCGGCCCCGCGCAUGAUCGUCGCUCAGUUUGAUAAUCUUGUCUAUAACUGGGUUCUCGAAACGUUCAAAGAAAAGCUGCUCAGGGACGUUGAUUGGCUCUUCAGCCAAGAUAAAAAUCGAUGGUGGUUUACUAUGUAUACCGUUGUUUUCAUCCUGUUACGCGAAUCAAGUCGCAUGACCGCAGAUCGAUAUCGACAUGCCAGGGAAAAUUUUGGACCCAAGCCAAGAUACUCGAUACCCGAAUUCGUCGAAAGUCUCCAUGGAAGUUGCAAUAACAUCCUCACACAUUGGCACUACUACAACUGCGACAAAUGGCCCAAAAACAAAGAAGGCGACUCUGAGCAUUUUGCAUGCCUUGCGGCGGCUCACUUGGAUCUCAUCAGACAGACCCGUGGGGACGAAGGCAUCAAGCAGCAUCUCUCUGUAUGGAAGCAAUACAAGGCCAACAACGGCAAAGUGAAUAAACCUGACCUUGGAAAGGACCCAGAGACUAUCAGCUACACAGGUAAUCAGGACAAGUUUGACUGGGACCAUCCACUCUAUUGGGUGGCGCAGAUGUUCGAGAAGAACUGGUAUCCCCAUCCGACCUACCAGCGGGAGCCUGUGCCUAAGAAUCCUUUUCCGUCACCCAUUCCUACGCCCAGUUGA